GGCUCCCCACUCGAAAGCAACUAAAUUUACCUUAUCAUUUUUUAAUUUUACUUCUCUCCCCCACACAUUACACCACAAUACUCAGUGCUAUGAACUCCUUCUCAGUGUUCUUAGUGUUCGCUCUGGCUGCUUUGGCCGCAGCUGAGCCACCAUCGGGCUACAAUUAUCCCCGUGGCGGCGGCGGUGGCGGUGGAUUUGGCGGUGGCUUCGGCGGUGGUUUCGGCGGUGGCGGCGGCGGUGGCGGUGGCUUCCAGGCCGUCAGCGGUGGCUUCCAAACCUCCGAGGGCCAGAACGUUGAUCCUCAGCUGCUCGAGCAGGUGCGUCAGAUUCUCCUCCAAGAGGAGAGCAAACAGGGAGGCGGCGGCGGCGGCGGUGGUGGCGGCGGUGGCUACCCAAGCGCUCCAUCCGGCAGCUACGGUCCACCAUCGACCAGCUACGGUGCGCCCGGCAUUGGAGGCGGCGGCGGUCGUGUCGUUGGCAUCGAUCUUGAGGGCGUGCGUCAGGCCAUCCAGGUGGCUCAGUUCGCUCAGCAGAGCACACAGGCUGGCGGCGGCGGUGGCUAUCCAUCUGCUCCCUCUGGCAGCUAUGGUGCUCCAUCGAGGCCCAGCGGCAGCUACGGUGCGCCUUUCUAAGCCCCAAUAACAAAUGUUGUGCAAGCCAAGAAUACCCAAAUUUAACAGAAAGUAAAUUUUGCUGCCAAAAAAAAAGGACGACAAUCUGGAAACAAAAAAAACGGACCUAACGACCUACAACAACAAAGAACAACAACAAUACUGAAAUCAAUAUACGGAAUUAUGGGUACACAAUCAACAACAACAACAACAACAUCCAGAAGAAGAAGAAGAGCGCGCCACGCCCCCCUCCAAGAUAUUGACACACAAAUUAUGCUGAGUGGAAAAGAAAGUUCGUCUUAGAGUUAUAGAGGAGGUAAACUAAUAGCUGAUGAUAUAGCUGCCUUUUGCCUCUCUCUCUCUUAACUCUAUCCUCUCUAUCACACCUUUCUCACACUCUCUCCAAGUCUCACUCAACUCAGCGACUGUAAUUUUCACCUCCUUCUCUAUUUCGAAUCCCCGAAAAUUUCGGGUUCGAAACUUGUGUUUUUUUUGUAAAUAGUUUUCCCAAAAAAAAAACAAAACAAAACUCAAAACUUUUUUGUCUUAGAA